CUAGGAACAACUUUUUCUUAUUCACGUAUCAAACCGUUUAUGUUAAUUCGUUAGAAAUAUACAGUAUACACAAUCCAAAGCUUCUAACUUAGAAAACUGGUUAUCUUUCUGCAUAAUUGUACGGUUUACUGGAAUUUAUAUAAUUUGAAGAUGGGUUUCAAUUGGAAUGAUUCGAGAAUAUACAUUUAGAUUCUGACCAGAUUGACUUGAAGAUCUAUUUGAAAGCAUACAAUCAUUGAAAUACUUAUUUUAUAUUCGACAGUUCACAUGAUCUUACUCCAGUGAUUUUCAACGUUGACUUGGAGUAAUCGCAAAUUAUGUCUUGUUUUUGUAAUGCGAUCAAUGAAUGAGUAAAAUUUUCUUUUGUUAAAACUUCACUAAAAAAUAUAAUGUUUUUUUUUUGUUUUUAAGUAAGCGCAUAAAAUUAAAGUGACCAGCAUUUACUAUUUACUUAUCAUUCAUAAUACAAUUGUAGAUCUCUAUUACUUGUCACGUGAUUAUGUCAUCAAGAUAACUUUUUUUUCUUGAAGUUAUUAUUCAGUUGAGUAUAUAACCAAUGUAUGAACUAUUUUACUGAAAAGAAAAACUGACACACGAAGCAUGUCUUGAGUUCACUUAUUGAUUAACAGAGUAUAGUAUUGUGAUUUGCCUGAAACAAUAUAAAAAAUUCUUAAUAUUUAAGUACUUUUUCAUCUCUAGAGUUGUGUUUUCUACUUCUUCUAUCAACUUUAUUUCAACUGAAUAAUAGAAAGCAUCCAUAUUGCUAAUCUUAUCAUUUAAGGAUUAAAUAAACACUUAGGAUAUUGUAAGAUAUUUUAUCAUACAUACUACAAUGUCUGGAAACAUGACCACUUUAAGAAGACAUCAUUCUACAUUCUCGCAUACAAUGAAUAAAUUCAAAGCGAUGGAUAAAGCGAACAAUCCACAGGGUGCAAAACCAAAUUAAUACAUAAGAUUUAUUUUGUUUGUUACUUUAUUCAAAGAAAUAGUUCGGAUAAAUAAAUAAUACAGAGAGUAAACAAAUGUUAUUAUUUAAGUAUUCGUUAACUAGUUAUUUAGCCGUCAACUUGAACCCCACCGUACCUUUGUCAUCUUACCCAGUUGGAUAGUAUUAAUGACCCUCAAGCAAGAACGUGAAACUGAAAUCAAGAAUUUGCCUGAUUACUGAGUUACAGCACACCUUUGUGAUAAAUAAAUUAUGAAUUGAUAAACUGGUUACGAGAAGGAUUGGUGAAGAAACGUUCGUAGUAAACAAACUAAUCAAUGUCUAAAUCACAUUAACCUAUUUCUCGAUAGUCUUAUAACUAUGUGUUUUGCAUGAAGAAAGCCUAUUACUUGAAAUGUAAAAUGCUUUUAUAACAUAAUGUUGACUUUCGCAUCCGGUGGAAAAGGAGCACAACCUAAUGCAAAACAGAUUAUGCUUGAUUGGUGUAAAGCUGUAACUAAAGGAUAUGAGGGUGUGGACAUACAAAAUUUCGGAAGUAGCUGGGGUGAUGGUUUAGCAUUUUGUGCAUUAAUUCAUCACUUUUAUCCUGAUUCAUUUGAUUUCUCGACAUUGGAUCCAAAAAAUAAACGAGCAAAUUUUGAAUUGGCAUUUGAAAAAGCUGAGAAACUUGGCAAUGUUUCUCCGUUACUUGACAUUGAAGAUUUAAUGCGUAUGAAAGUACCUGACUGGAAAUGUGUCUUUACACAAAUUCAAUUGUAUUACCGGCGUUUCCAUUUGGAAGAAGGUAAAAAUGCAACUGUUCCUCCAACUGGUAUCCUUCCUAAAGCUGCCCCAAAAUCAGAGAAUACGGAUGAAUAG